AUGCCGUCGCGGUCCGCGUAUAACCAGCCUCAUCCUCCAACUCUGAACUCCGCCGUCUAUCCAAACGCCGCCCUUCAUUCUUCUUCAGCGGAGAGGAGUGCACCACGCCACAUUCAGCGCGAUGUCCCCAUCCCGCCGACAAUGACCGGCAACCCGGCGACCUCGCCUCCCCACCAUCGAGGUCAUUCUCGUUCGGUCAGUCACCCGUUUCCCUCCGCCUUUGGCGGCAAGAGACGCAACCCGAACCCGGGUUUCUUAGACUCUGACUCCGACGAUGAUGACGUUGAGGUGACCAAUCUGCCCGAUGUGCUUUCAAGUAGCCCCAGGAAAGCCUCUUCACGCCCAUUGCCAGGUGGUGAGGCGAUCUCAACAGGGAAAUGCAUGACGUGCAACUCUACUGUUCGGUGGCCGCGAGGGUUAAAGGUUUUUCGGUGCACGGAGUGCUUGACUGUAAAUGAUCUGGAGCCGUACACUUCGAAGGAUUUGGGGAGUCAAGGGAGCACGGGGAAGGAUGGGAAGCCUGGUCUGUCCUUACCGAGAAAAGCGGUUCCUCUCUCCGUGGAACGGACACGGUCCAUAAUUGAUAAUUGCGUUUCAUCCUAUCUGCGACGGCUUUUAGACGCGCCUCUGCCUCAAGCCUUCACAUCGGGUGGAAAUCGGUCUGAAAAACCCUCGGCUAUAGGGCAGGAUGAAAAUCGUGUGCAUACAUAUGACCAUGGUUCGGGUUUACUGUCCGAGCCGCGCGUGGAUGUCCGAGCGCGCAGUUCGUCUGCGUCCAGUAAACCCGGGAAACCAGACUGGUUCAACGGAGCCUCAAAGUCUUUGAAGCCUACAGCGAGUUCCUUGGCGCCACAUACGGACGUUAGGGAUCCUCGGCUACGUAGCCGCAACAAUUCAGACGUGCACAUUCUGCCCAAAGGCCAACGCUUGCCUCGCGAAUCAGGAAGGUCGUGUGAGCGGGACAUCAAGGAUCAACAUAGCCACCCUUACAUCUUCAAGCCCCUAGAAGAGUACAUACUAGCUUCAUUUAAAGGAUGCGACAUUUUGAAUGCGUCCUUUAGUACAGCACAACCUCCCUUACUGGCUGAGAACGCCAGUCCCGAUCAUAGCCCUCCAAAACCGAACGUGGAGAGCAAUGAUGCGCUCUCUCAUGCGCAUCCAGCAUUUGAGAUCGAUGCAAAGACCCUUCUGAUUGGAGACCUAGCCGAAAACUCUUCUUGGUGGAUGAAUGACGGGGACCCAAACUAUGGCCUCGGCCAUUCACAUUCGAAAGGGAAAUCUUCAAAUCAUUCGAAAGCAGUUACCUCUAGGAGUCCGCGGAUCAACUGGUCUCAAUUGGCAGAGUGGCAUCAUCUGAUCAUGACGGCUGGUUCGUCAUGGGUCGAGCGCUGGACAGCCAUGAGGCCUGUUGAUGAGCGCGGCCAAGAAGGUCACGGGCGGAGCAAGUUAUGGGACUCUGUGGACAUGUGUACGAUUGAGAGAGAUAUUACAGAAUCACGUCUACAUCUUCACAGAACCUUUCUCAAAGCGACGGAAAAUCUGGUCAAGCGGCCACGACGACCACUACACAGACCAGAAGAGAUACGGUUCCUUCUCAUACUCCUCGCAAAUCCGUUGAUCUACCCAUCAAGUUCUUCCUUGCGACCUGUCAAUCUCACCCAAUCCCAAGGUGGCAGGCGGCCGUCCCAUCCAAAGGAAAGUGGUGAGAGGAUACCGCCCCGUGAUGCUAGACCUUCUCGCAAAGAACAAUUGGGGCCUUCUGCGCCUCGCAGUGGGCCUCCAGGCCAUCAUUUUGGCAUCGUCAAGCGCAUACUGGGCUUAAUGGCACACUUACCCAAUGAUUGCCAUCACUAUCUCGUCUCCUGGUUUUCACGCCUUCCUACUGGACAGUUUGAGAAAAUAGUGGACCUGGUGGGCAGCUUCGUUACUUACCGUCUUAGUCGGCAGCAAGGACGGAAACGCAGCGAGGCUAUCGAAAAUGAUAACAGUCUGGUACCCAGUUUCAGUAGUGCAGCUGGGAAUACUCCUGCGGAACUGCACGCUGCCAUUAAUGGUAGAAGUCCCAGCAAGCCAGCAAAAGACAAGCGGAAUAAGCCCGUGGUGUACGGUGAUGAUUGGCAGAUCCGGGCGGCCGCAAGGGUGAUGUCUCUGCUAUUUACGGCAAACGAUACGAGUGUUGCUCGGAAGCCAGAUGCAGCAUUUGGCCAGGAAGCAAGGUCCUCGACAAAUAGAGCUGCGGGGCCUCGCCGAGGACACAAGAUCCCAAUUAGCGCCUUCUAUAAUACACUCCUGGAUUAUUCCGACCUCGUGGCGGAUUUCGAAGCCUGGGAGUCAAAACUGGCCAAGUUCUCGUUUUGUCAAUAUCCUUAUUUCCUCAGUAUUUGGGCGAAAAUACAUAUAAUGGAACAUGACGCUCGUCGCCAGAUGGAAGUCAAAGCUCGGGAGGCAUUCUUCAAUAGUAUACUGAGUCGAAAGGCGAUAAGUCAGUAUCUUGUAUUGAAGGUCCGGCGAGAUUGUCUGGUUGACGACAGUCUACGAAGUGUCAGUGAAGUGGUGGGUUCUAACCAAGAAGAGAUAAAAAAGGGCCUCCGCAUUGAGUUCGUUGGCGAAGAGGGUGUUGAUGCGGGAGGACUUCGCAAAGAAUGGUUUCUUCUGCUUGUUCGGGAAAUUUUUGACCCUCAUCACGGACUCUUUCUAUACGACGAGGACUCCCGAUUCUGCUAUUUUAAUCCUUAUUGCUUCGAAUCAUCUGAACAGUUUUUCUUGGUCGGCGUGCUUCUUGGACUGGCUAUAUACAAUUCAACGAUCCUAGACAUUGCUCUUCCACCGUUUGCCUUCAAAAAGCUGUUGGCUGCUGCUCCGCAGACCAGCGGGCCGCAACCAUCGAGUGCCCGGUCGAACUACAGGUGUACUUUGGAUGACCUGGCAGAAUACCGUCCUGCACUCGCCAAAGGCCUUCGGGCUCUUUUGGAGUUUGAUGGAGAUGUUGCCGAUACAUUCUGUUACGACUUUGUGGCCCACGUCGAUCGCUAUGGCGAGGCUGUUGCGGUGCCUCUCUGCCCUGGAGGCGAAACGAGGCCGGUCACUAAUGCGAAUCGACGGGAGUUUGUGGAUUUGUAUGUUCACUACAUGCUAGACACAGCAGUCACUCGACAAUUUGAGCCCUUCAAAAGGGGAUUCUUUACCGUAUGUGGCGGCAACGCGCUCUCGCUGUUCCGACCCGAAGAGAUCGAGUUACUUGUUCGCGGCUCGGACGACGCACUGGACGUUGCCUCGCUUCGAGCGGUUGCGACAUACGACAAUUGGUCACAUCCCCGGCCGGAGAACAUUCCGGUUGUGCGGUGGUUCUGGGAAUUUUUUGAGAAUACCGACCCCCAGGCGCAGAGGAAGAUUCUUUCGUUCAUCACAGGCAGUGACCGAAUACCGGCCAUGGGGGCGACAAGUCUUACGAUCCGGCUGGCAUGCCUCGGAGACGAUGCGUCGCGGUAUCCAAUCGCACGAACGUGUUUUAACACGCUAGKCCUGUACCAAUAUCCCACUCGGGAGAAACUGGAGCGGAUGCUCUGGGAAGCAGUGGGGAACAGCGAAGGGUUUGGACUGAAGUGA